GUUGAAAAUUGUUAAUGCUGCUAAAACCCGUGCAGUGACCUACUUUGGAGGUCCUGUGAAAGGAUUAGUAAAUCUACAGGAUCUGAUUUACAACAAUAAUGAUUGUGAAAUUGUACCUGAAUUCUUCACAUGCGCAAAUGGCUAUUUCGAAAGUUUACAAGUUCUGGAUCUAGCCCACAACAAAAUCUUACUUUCUAGAUCAAGCUCGAAUUUCACGGUGUUUGAGAACUGUUCGAGGCUGAUUCAUUUGGACAUAUCGUACAAUAACUUGACUGACGUUCCGUUUGAUAUCUUAAAGGAAACAAGUUCCUUAGAGAUUCUGAACUUAAGUGGUAAUAAGUUAGUUAACUUUAAUGUAGAUUUGAACAAUCAAGUAUCGUUGAAAGUGCUGAACUUGUCCCACAACAUUCUCCAAGGUCUUGAUGAGUCUGCCAGGAAUAACAUUAAUUCAGCUUCUGAGAGAUCCGAUGGUAAGCUCACUUUGGACCUCAGCGGCAACCCUUUAAUUUGUAACUGUAAUGCCUUUCCUCUAUUAAACUGGAUAAAGGAUCACAUUAGUAUGAUACAUCGGGGGUCUGACCUAAAAUGUCUUUACAUAAAUGGGUCACAAGUGAAAUUCACCCAUUUGGGUGUGUCUAACAUGAAACUAGAAUGUUGGCGGAGUACCAUUAUGGCAUCUGGAAUAUCUGCAUCGCUUGUUCUCUUGAUUGUUGGAGUGGUGGCAUAUGGAUAUAAGCGUAGGUACAAGAUCAUUUACAUAUCUCUACAUCUGAGGGCAUUGUUGAGGCGUAACAACUUACAUGGCAUAGACUAUGACUUUGAUGGUUUCAUAAGCUAUAGCUCUUUGGACAAAACUUGGGCUAUCGAUAACAUCUAUGGCCAGUUAGUCGCUCAGUUUAACUAUAACAUUUGCGUGGAUGACCGUAACUUCAGACCUGGAUCAUAUCUAUCUGACAUUAUUGUUGAGAGUAUAAGCAAGAGCAACAAAAUCAUUUUAAUUAUCAGCCAGAAUUUCCUAAGAAGUGGCUGGUGUAAAGGACGAUUCUCGGUUUGGAGAACGAAGUUCAGCAAUCUAAAUGAGCAUUAUCCCUGCUUCGGACAAAUUUGAUUUUUUUACAUAAUAUAGAUUUGAAUGUCCUCUUUUGAAUAGUUAUAAUUUAAUUUGGGUAAUAUUUCUAGAUUUUUCUCAAAAAAAUAUUAGCGCAGUACACUGAUGAACUUCUUUCCCCAAAUCGAGACUUGUAUUUUAUUAAAAUCGGUCUAAUUGAGCGUUAUCCCUGCUCCAGACCAAUUUGAUAUUUUUACAUCUUGUACAUUUAAAUGUCCUCUUUUGAAUAUUCAUAGUUUAAUUUGGGUAAUAUUUCUAUAUUUUUCAUGAAAAAAAUAUUAGCCCAGGAGACUGUUCUCCAAACCGAGAAUCGUCCUUUGAAAUGAAUCUGGCGAGGGGUGAGCUGGCUACAAGGGGACGCGACUGUCUAAUUUUGAUUCUCAAAGAGCCAAUAGAAUUACUCCCUUCGGAGCUGAUAACACCUACUCUGCGCUCCCUACUCGACACAAGGGUCUACCUGCAAUGGAGUGAAGAAGAGGACAGAAAAUUGUUGUUCUGGAGGAAGUUGCAAGAUGCCCUUGGGAAUCCCAGGUUCAGAGGAGAAGAAGAUACUCCAUUUCUGUAUCAGAACAAUGAGGGAGAUGAUGAGAUGCUUCAGACACUUAUAUAA